AAAAAGUGAUAAUGCGCUGCAUGUUUACAACGUUGCUGAUCAAUCGUAAUAUCACCGGCUUACCUCAGUUUCAACAUUAUCAUCAGUUUAUGUUCUUAAAAAUCAUCUUAUUCACACAUUUCAACCUCUGUCAGUUCAUCCAGUCGUAUAGUACGGUUUCAAUCUACUUAUGUAAAACAUCCGAUAUCAACAUCUCAUCCCCUUUAAAGAAAUGAUGAAACGAAAAAUUAUAUUUUUUCCUACUGUUUAUCGUAAAUAUCGCUUAUUUCCUAGAAUAUACCAUGAAAAAAAUGUCCAGACAACUAAACUAGUGUCUGAAAAAAACCACAUUAUUAAUGCUGCUGAAAAAAUCGUUCAAGAAAAAUGGGAAAUUAAGAUGAAAUUAUGGAUGAGAAAAUACGAAGAUCUUUUUGGUAUUACUCAACUAUCUGAGCUUCACACGAAAGUUUUGAAUGUUCAAGAAAAAAUCCAAAAUGUUCAGGAGAGAAGACGAAUAGUUCAAGAAGAAAUAUUUGCUGUCCAAAAGAAACUGCAAGAAUCACAAGAUAUUUUGCAUAAAACAUCACUAGGAGAUGAUAUGUAUAUAUCUUUGGUUACCCAAGUACGAGAUCUUUUAAAAGAGCAGAGGCGACUUCAAGAAGUCUUUAGCUUGCAUGAUAGAACGGAACGAGAACAUCAAAUGACUUUAGCUCUUGCUAUAAAUAGCAGUCAAGAUCAUGAAAGGACUUACAGAGAAAAAAAUAAAUAUUUAUCUUUGAUAACUGGUGUUGUUGGUGCUAUUCUAGGUCUUUUGGGAUCAACAAUUAAUAAUUGGCGUCACAGAAAAGAUAUUAAAGUGUUUGCUGGUGAUAUAGCAGAUAAAGUAGCAGGUUUACAAGAACAAAUAGAUAGUCGUCUUACGAAUUUACCAGCUACUAAAGUUAAUAACAAUGAAUUAUUAAAAACUGACGCAUUUUUCAAUGAACUGAAAAUGCAACAAGGAGCUUUAUCUGAAAAUAUAAAAUACUUAGAAUCCCUCUUAAGUAACAAAGUUUUAAUAAACUAUGAAAAACACGAUGAAAUAUUUUUAGAUUUCCAACUGAAGCAAUUGAUUUAUAAUUUAGAAGAGAACUUUGAUGCAAAAUUGAAGCUUCAUACAUCAAUCAAUGUAGGUUUAUUGACAAGUUUGUUGCUACUUUGUAGUUAUCUAUUUUAUGUAGGUAAUGUUCGCUAAUUAGAAAGUAUAUUUUGUUUACUAUCAACACAUUCUUGUAUAAAUGUUUGUAUUUAUUUUCUUGAUUAGAAAUAAAGAUUUACUUCUGUUAA